GCUUGAGUAAAUUACGCCGAUUUUCACCUUAACAGUGAUUAGUCCAAGAAAUAAUCAAUAUGAAUACCAGUUUACGAUAUGUUUUAUAUAUCUGCAUCGUCCUGAACGUAGUGCCUUACGUUUUCAGUAUAAAAUGCUGGAAUUGCCGGUCGAGCAAUGAUCCAAAAUGCGCUGAUCCAUUCGACAACAGUACAGUGCCAAUGACAGAUUGCAAACAAGAAAAGGGAUUGUCCCAUUUACCAGGAGUCCGGCCUUCUAUGUGCCGCAAGAUCAGGCAAAAAGUGAACGGCGAAUGGCGCUACUUCCGAGACUGUGCAUACCUGGGUGAGGUCGGAAUCCAAGGAGAUGAGAGAUUCUGUCUCAUGAGAACUGAAAAUACUCCUUAACCAGCAAGUGAGAACAAAACAUUACAAAAAUAAUGGAAAUCACUAAAGUAUUAUAUUACACAAACAUAGAUUAAAACAUGAAGGCAGGCACUGUAAAGCUUCAUGAAAACAUGGCUGAAUAAUCAAUCAUAUCAAGAAACUCAUAAAAAAAGAAAAUAUAAUUUACAAUUACUUCGAUGUGAGAAAAACUUAAGACUUCACGGUGGGUAUACUCGGUUCUGUACAUUGGGAAAAACGGUAUGGUCCCACGGUAGACAAUAAAAAUAUCUCUAAUAUAUUAUUUUGUACUAUGAAUUGCGUUUUAUUGAGUUAGUUACUUGAAGAGGAGGAGUGUGAGGGGGGCAGCUAGUAGGGCAAUGGUUUUGCUGAUAGUAGCUGCUCCGUUGCAGCCGUCGUAUUCACAGGUCUCACAGAAUGAGGUCACUUCGUAAGGUCCGUUGGACGCGCUUGGGCAUUGCGUGCUGUAGUCAUCAGCACGCUUCCACGUGCAUCCACGGCUCACGACCAGUUGUCCGUUGACUGUAAAUAAAAAAAAAUAUUAAGAACUUUUUUUUCUUUAGUCUACC